GGCGGGCGUAUAAGUAGGCUGCUGCUGCUGCUGCUGGAGGCGGGAGUGGAAGGAAAAAGAACGGAAAGCUACGUGCUGGUUUGCUGUGCAGAGAGAGCGAGCGUUGCGUCGAACCCCCAAUCCUAUUAACCUAAUCUAACCUACCUACGCCUUCCUUCGAUUUCUUCGUCAACCACGAUGAAGCUCGCGGCCCUCACCACGGCCCUCGCCACGGCGCUGCUGCCGGCCCUCGCCUCCGCGGCCCCAGCAGCAGGAGCCUCAGCCGCCGAAGCGCACCAGCCCUACUCGACCUGGAUGGGCGACUCAUUCAUCGCACACGGCGUGAACAAGACGCGCAAAUACCAAGAAGCAGUCCUCUACCACGCCUACGACCUACUCUACACGGCCACGCAAAACCGGACCUACCUAACCUGGGUGCAAGAGCAGGUGGACGGCGUCGUCGCCGCCGACGGCACUAUAGACGGGUACCCGGACCCGGACAAGGACUCGCUGGACGACGUGCUGCUCGGCCGCGUCCUGCUCGACCUGUACGCCAAGACGAACGGCACGCGCUACAAGGCCGCGGCGGCGCAGCUGCGCGAGCAGCUCAACUACCAGCCGCGCACGCCGGCGGGCGGCUUCUGGCACCGGCGCCCGACGUACCCCGACCAGAUGUGGCUCGAUGGCAUCUACAUGGCCGACGUCUUCUACGCGCAGUGGACGGCGACGUUCGAUGCGGACAAUGCCACUGCGUGGGACGAUGUCGCGCUGCAGUUUAGCCUGAUCGAGGAACACACCAGGAACAAGACGAGCAACCUGCUCGUGCACGGCUACGACGAGAGCAAGACGGCGGUCUGGGCGGACCCGGAGACGGGCGCGGCGCCGCACGUGUGGUCGCGCGCGCUGGGCUGGUACGCGAUGGCGCUGCUGGACGUGCUGGACGUGCUGCCGGCAUCGCACAGCGCGCACAGCUCGUUCCUCUCCUGGUACCAGACCCUGGUGACCGGGCUGCUGGACGCCCAGGACGCCGCCACCGGCGGCUGGUGGCUCAUCAUGGACGCGCCGUACCCGGGCAAAGAGGGCAACUACAUCGAGAGCAGCGCCGUGGCGAUGUUCACGUUUGCGCUGCUGAAGGGCGCGCGCCUCGGCUACGUCGAGAGGGAGGACGUGCUGCCUGCGGCGAAGAAGGCGUAUGAAGGGAUGGUGGACAUGUUUGUCGCGCGGAAUGGGACGCAGGAGGGGACGCUGAACUGGGAGGGCACGGUUGAGGUGGGGAGUCUGAGUGGGAAUGCUACGUAUGAGUACUACACGAGCGUCGACGUCGACGAGAACGACCUCAAGGGCGUGGGGCCCUUUAUCUACGCGAGCCUGGAGUACGAGGCUUUGCAGGGCGAGGAGUCGACGUAAGGUGGGAUUUUUUUUUAUUAUGGAUGGCCGUGCUGCGGGAUGGGUGGGUGGACGGAUGGACC